AUGUAUAUAUUGGAAAUUAGAAUCAAAGGUUUCCGCUCCUACAAGGACGAAUGCGUACUCAAGUUUGAUCGAGGACUCAAUGUAAUAAUUGGUAAAAAUGGGUCGGGUAAAUCUAAUAUUAUCACUGCAAUAGGAUUUGUCUUUGGGGAGUACUCAACCACAGCCAGCAAGAAUAAUUUGCAAAAUCAAUCCACUGACGAAUCGCAAUCAACAGAAGUAACAGUAAUAUUAGAUAAUUCUGAUAACAGAUUUUUGCAGGGUAAUCAACAGAAGGUUACUCUACAUCGUAGCUUGUUCAGAGGUAAAUAUACUUAUAAAUUCAACUGCAAGUAUGUCAGUAAAAAGGAGUACCGUCAGAUACUUUCCAGUGCUGGAUUACAUGAACAAUUAGAUUUUUACAUUGUCAAGCAGGGGAUGAUAUCACAGCUAUCCAUUGAAAGCCCAAGUCAACGAUUAUAUACUUUGAAGGAUAUAGCUGGCCAUAAGACAUUUGAGGCAAAAACGGUGGAGGCAAGAGAAGUUUUAGCGGAAUGUAGAGUUAAGAAAGAAAGUAUUGAAGGUUAUCUAAAACAUCUGGAAAGUGGAGUUAAGAUAGCACAGAAUGAACAUAAACGAAUAUCUGAGUGGCAAGAAAUUGAAAAUAAGCGAGCCACUCUACAAAACCAAAUUAAAAUGUUUCAAUUUGAUGAAAUCAAAUCUGAAUUGGACAAAUUGUAUGAGAAAAGACAUGAUAAAAGUGAUGCAGUAUCACAACUAGGCAGAAAACUCACAAACAUAAAGGAAUUAUCUGAAGAAUUCAAAGAUAAAAUUAGCCUAUUAGAGGCUUGUAUUUCCACAAAGACUAAAUUGCUAAAACAGUUAGAAAAUGAACUAUUUCACAUGGUAGACGAACUUAGUAUAGUGGAACAGGAAGAAACCGAAUUAAAGAUUGAUGAAAAUUUACGUAAUAGCAAAGUUAACGAAUUGGAAGAAGAACUCCGCAAUCUUAGGUUGCGAAUAAAGAGCGUUAUAUGUGAAUAUCAAGAGGCAAAAAAUGCGGCAGAAAAUGCUGAAAAGGAGUUAAAUGAAGCUAUUAGAGAGGAUGACAGGAACAACUUUCAUUGUGAUAAAAGGAAUGUCACUGCAAAGAUAGAAGAAAUGAUAAAUCUGGCAUCGGAAGAGAAAAAAACACAAAUUGAAACUGCUAACCAUUUGAAGAAGGAGAUUGAAAUGUCUAAAAAUCGAAUCAUACAAUUACAGCUAGAAUUGGAUGAAUUCCAAGCUAAUUCGGAUAUUGAACAAAAAUUGAGCGACCACCUCAAGGAGAUGAGCAAAGUUACGGAAAAGAAAAGAAAUUUACAACUACAAAUUACACAAACUAAGAAUGACUUAGUGCAACUAAAAGCCAAGUAUCAUUCACUAUCAAAAUCAUAUGGCAAAACCAUCAGCUAUUCCAAUAAAUCAUGUGUUGACAUUGUCAACACAUGGGUUAAUCAAUGUAAAAUACCACCAAGCCAGUUUUUAGGGUUUAUUGUGGACACUUUCAGUUGUGAUCCAGAAUUCUACAAGUGUAUAGAGCAAGUUGUUGGACAUAAAAUGUUCAAUGUGGUAGUUUCGACGUUUGAAGUAGCUCAGAGUUUACUCUCAUAUGUCAAAUCUCAAAAUGACUCAGCACCAUCUGGAAUAGAUGAGAAAAAAAUGAAUGGGGUUUCGUCAUUCCAAGGAAGAUUGGUAAUUAUCAUUGCAAAUAUGCUCCCCGAAGCUAACGACUUUAACCACGCCCCUCCAGAAUGUGUAAGAAUCGUGGAGUGUAUAGAAUAUAAAGAGUGUCUGGGUAAUGUUAUAUCACACGUUUUUGGCAACACACUAUUGAUACCAGACGUCAAACUUGCGAGAUCACUAACAAGUAAUGGAUACGAUUGUGUUACACUAGAAGGGGAGGCAUUCUUCGCGGGGGGUAGGAUAAGAAUAGGUUCAGUUACAUCUGAUUCAUCCAUUUCACUACAUAAGAAGGUGAAGGAGAUGGAUAAACAAUGGAAAAUGUUAGAGGAGAGAUCAUAUGAAAAGGACCUAGAAAUAUCUGAGCUGGACAAAAUAUUGUAUGUUAUGGACAAUGAAAGGAUUUCCUUGAUAGAGGAAAAGAAAAAUUACAAUUUAGCACAUGAAAAGAAACUUAGUGAAAUCAUGACGUUAAAAUCUCUAGUACAAGGGAUGGAAGAGCGACUAAAUCAGAUUUUGAACAUUGGUGAAAAGCUUGAUUUUCAGAUUGAUGAGUGGAACAAGCAAAUUGCAUGUCUCAGUAGUUUAGAGAUCAAACAAUCAGAUAAAAAUACUUCCAAAAAUUAUAUGAAUGAGCGUACAAAGUGUAAACAACUGUGUGAUGAACAAUUCGAAUAUGUCGCUAAAAAGUUAAACCAGUUGAAAUCCAGGGAAAAAAGAGUGGCUGAGGAGAUAUUAAUCACUAGACAUAAAUCGAAAACUGUGCAACGUAGUGAAGAGAUAAAAGGUGUCAUUGCUAAUAUACGUAAGCGUAUAGAAGACGAAGAACAUAAGAUUGUGGAGGCUAAAAAGAAAAUAUUUGAUGCAAGGAGUGAGAUUAAUAGACAACAAUUGUGUGAGAUGGAUGUUAGAAGGGAAUGGACUGAGGAAUUCACCAAUAUGUCCCAGUUGGACCAAAAGAUAACGGCACUUAAAUCAAAGAUCGAAAAACUCAAGAUUGAUGAAUCAUUGAUCAACUCCAAUAAGCAGAUUAAUAAAUUGUCAAAAGACCAAGUGAUUGAACAGUUAAGGGAUACCAACAAUUUGCUAAAAGAAAAAACUCUUGCCAACAGCACUAAACUUAUGAUCCACUACUCAUCACUCCUAACACAGUAUGCCACGUUGCAAAACAAUUAUAAAUCUCUAGCAGCAUCCAACGAUGCAAUCGAAGAUACCCUCAAAAGGCUGGAUGAAUUAAAGACAAAUCAUUUUUUACAGUAUUUGAAGAAGGUUAAUGAAAAGUUUCAGGACAUAUUCAAAAUACUAGUACCUGAGGGGGAUGCCAAAUUGGUCACAACAACGGAUAACAAUGGAUUGGAUAUACAAAUUUCUUUUGGUAGACACAUUUUUGAGCCCAUUAGAAGGCUUUCAGGUGGUCAAAAAUCACUCAUUUCUCUCUCUUUAAUAUUAUCCCUGCAACAAAUGGAAUCAUGUCCAUUUUUGAUAAUGGACGAAAUAGACGCAGCACUAGAUGACACUUACCGCGACAAAUUAUCAUUCCUAAUAGGCAAAUUGGCGAAUAAAGGAUACCAGGUAAUAUGCACAACGCACUGGCCUCAAUUGCUAAAUUUUGCUAACAGAAUUUUUCAUGUGGAAAACAGCGCGGGAUUUUCGAUGGUAAAGCUGGUCAAUAAGGACAAGGCCAAUUACCUCAUAGGUUACGAUGCAGUUGAUGAUUGA